AUACAUCAAAAUGGCCACCCGUAAGAAAUCUUUGCUGAAAGUCAUCAUACUGGGCGACAGCAGUGUGGGCAAGACCUCACUCAUGAAUCAGUAUGUGAACAAACGCUUCUCUAACCAAUACAAAGCAACGAUCGGCGCCGACUUCUGCACGAAAGAGGUGGUUGUCAACGACCGUGUGGUCACAAUGCAGAUUUGGGAUACAGCUGGUCAGGAACGCUUCCAGUCACUCGGCGUGGCUUUCUAUCGCGGAGCUGACUGCUGUGUGCUCGUUUACGAUGUGACGGCGCCUAACUCAUUCAAGAAUCUCGACUCCUGGCGCGACGAGUUCUUAAUACAGGCCAGUCCACGUGAUCCCGAGCAUUUUCCCUUUGUUGUGCUAGGCAACAAAGUGGACUUGGAUAACCGCCAAGUGUCCACGCGCAGGGCACAACAAUGGUGUCAAUCCAAAAACGAUAUACCCUACUAUGAAACCUCAGCCAAGGAGGGCAUCAACGUGGAGAUGGCGUUUCAGACUAUUGCCAAGAAUGCGUUGGAGCAGGAGGCAGAGGCUGAAGUUAUCAACGAUUUCCCCGAUCAGAUCAUCUUGAAUUCUCAAAAUAAUCGUCCAGGAAACCCUGACAACUGUCAGUGCUAAUGUAACAACAACAACAACAACGCAACGUGGAUAAUUACAAAUGAACAUGAAAAGCAAACACACACGGAGAACGAGACGACAGAAAGUGUUCUAUGAUUAAGUAAAACAAUUUCAGCAAACAGCAUAGUAAUUAAUUAUUUGUUAGGACGACAAGUUCAGAAGUUCAGAUCAGCAUCAGCAGACUCGUUUUAUGGGCCCCUGGCAAUGGCCCCUCCCUCUUCAAAUACCUAACCCUGACUCUACUACCUACAAUCUAAGUAAACGUUCAAUAAAUAGGUAUGCUCUGUGUACUCGUAUCUACAUAACAUAUUCAUAUGCAGGUGUCCUCCGCUCCUAGUACUAUUUUUGCCAUUUAAUUAGUAAAAUUUGUAUGCACGCAGCAGCUGCUGGGCUUUGCAACAGGCACCAUUGAGAAUACAAUAACAAAGUAUCUUCGAAGCAAACAACAAAAUCUUGUGAUUGUAAAUUUAAUAAAACGAAACAUUUUUAUUGUAUCUAUUCUA